UAUCGCUUAAAAGGUGUUUUAAAUGGCGAUUGAUCAAGCAGGCAGCUGCAUGUGCGUUGACUGAUAUUUUUCAAUAAAUGUGAGUUUGGUGGGAUACUUUUAAAUGUUCAAACAUAUUAAAAAUUAUUAUGCGGUAACUCCAUUAUUCUUUUUUAGUAUUUAAGCCAUUUCUAGCGAUUUUAUUUGACUAAAGCUAGAAUUUUUUGUCUUUUAGUCGCAGCUAUAGCUAGCUAGCUACCUUAAGCUAAUUAAUGUUUGUUUUUAAUCCGCCAUGUUUUAAAGUGACUUCCAAAAUAAUUAUGCGAAUAUUUAAAAACAAUACUGUGAAAUUUAAGUGGCUAAUAUUUUUGAUUUUGAAAUCAGUUGUCAGUUUGAAUGUUAACUGUCAAGGUAGGUUAUUCUAAACUCUCUUUUUUCUCUUCUCUAUCAAAAAUAUCAAAAAGGGAAAAAUGAUGAGUUUAGUUUACUAGACUAACUUAAGCAGUAACUAACGCAGUGAAAGUACUGUUAAUCAACGCGUGAAGCACCUCACGACACGACGCACCGAGUGCACAUCGAAAUGGAAAGUGAGAGUGAAUUACGGUCACAGUUUUGUAUCUCAAAUUUUCAGCCUUCUGAUUGGCUAGAGAUGCAGUACGGGUUGUGGUGUACGUAACGUCCGUGAAAGUAAAAAGGCAAACAAAGAUGGCAGAAAAGAUGUAGCGUAUCUGCAAAAUUCCACUGGCAUCAGGCACAAAAAACGCGAAGUAAGCCGUCUAUAGCUAACACACCUGAAGAUAGGAAUUCUAACAUCAGGCACCAGUAGGUAUGUGUGAAUAUGCAGUUCAUGAUGGAAUUUAUUGAUUACAACCCGAUUGUAAGAAAAACAACCGAUUAAUACGUUAUGAUGGAAGAACAGCAAAAUAGCAUAUUAUAAACAUGAAAGUCGUUUUUGUUCUAUGGUAAUAGUUGUUGUGAUUGUUAUAAAUAUAUAUAUAUAAAAAUGAGUAAAAUUUGAAAAACCAGAAAAAGACGAUUGCUGUAAUAAUAUCUCCUAUAUAAUUUGAAAAAAGUCCGUCUGGGUGUGAGGCAAGGUAAAUUAUAUUUUCUACAAUUUUCUUUGCCUAAAGAAACAUCUUCUAAAACUAUGUUCUGUAUUUUGAAACUUCUUUAAUUGUCUAAAACAAAUCACAUGAUAAAAGGAAAUAAUUUCAUUAGCUGGGAAUUUUGGCAGUUUUACCCUAAUUUAAAUUUGCUAAAGGUUUUUUAAAAUGGACUCUUAUUAUACGAAUUUAUGUUUUGCGUUUGAAUGACGUUUUUAUAUGUCGAAUAUCCCAAAUAGAAAUUACUAUCUGCAAGGAAUCUUUUUACUCCUUGAUGGUUACUCAUGUUUCUAAUCAAAUAUUGGUAGAGCUUAGAGAUAUUUUAUAAUUUUGUUGUUUUGUACAACCUAUACUCAAUUUAUUUUGUUUUGUAAUUAUCUAAAAAAUAGAAAGUAACGAGCUGUGACUAUUGAAGACUGUUUACUUUUUGUUCUCAUUUUCUUGUAAUUUGAGUUAUUGUCGUGAGUUUUGUGAAAAAUAAUACCUUAAAAUUUUGUUUUAUGGUAAAGAAAUAUUGUACACGAAUUCGUUUUUUUAUUCUUAACACCAGCAGGUUUAAUGUAGUUAUGUUUCCGUUUAUUAAUUCGACCUGUUAUCCCCUUUCACAGAUAUAGUUAUUUUUUUAAUUUCAUAGUUAGUAAGUUAAGUAUGGACGCCAUAAGUACGGAUGAAGUAGAAUAUAAUGCAAUGCUGACAUCAUUAGAAGAAGUUCCAGAGGUGUUAGUUAAAGACAUGGAGGUUGCUUCCAAUGUUAUUAUUGACAGUGGUUUAGAAGAUACUAAUUUCAGUAUCACGUCAACAGAUCUUGCCAACUCGUCCUAUUCAGUGGAGGCAGAGACAGAUAAAAAGAAAAUCGCAUUGGCAAAUUUAAAUAAAUGCCACGAAGCGUUAGAUUUGGAGACUUCAAUAACAACGGCAAUGCUUUCAUCUUGUUUUAAAGCGAGCAACGCGAUAAUAAAAGCAGAGGACACUUGCUUGACAAUGACAGCAUCUGGUUAUUAUGAUGAUGUGUUUUAUUGCUCUGUUUUGCAAAUAGAAGUACCAGUUCGAAGAGUUUAUGUGUGCCGCCUUUUUGAAUCUGGUGGAUUUCAAGGGUAUUUUCAUAACGAAGGGCAGUGUUUUAUUCAGCAACGCUUAGGUUUAACGAAUGACCUGUUACCCUACCAUGUCUAUACAAUGGAUGAUGUCAACAUGGAAAAAAUCAGAUCUAUAAAAUUAUACCAAACAAUGCGCAAUUCUGGUAAUUCGUAUUAAGUAAUCGUU